CACCAUAGAUUUCACAUCAAAACAACAUUGUCGGGUUCGAGUAUAAGCAGUGAAAUUUUUCUACAACUGACCAGCUAGGUCACAGAAAGUCUUGAGAGAUCUUGCUUGGAGUUUAUUUUUUAGCCUCAGACUGGUUAAAAGUCAACAUGGUGAAGACGUUUCGAGCCUACUUACCUGCGAAUUCUUAUCGAAAAUAUAGCUGUGUUCAUUGCCGAGCACAUUUGGCUAGCCACGACGAUCUAAUAUCGAAGUCGUUUCAAGGAAGCCAGGGGAGAGCGUAUCUUUUCAAUUCAGUUGUGAAUAUAGCAUGUGGACCUGCUGAGGAACGAGUCUUACUGACUGGUUUGCAUGCCGUUGCCGAUAUUUACUGUGAAAGUUGCAAAACAACAUUGGGCUGGAAAUACCUCUCGAGUCAAGGGCUAAUUUCUGGCGCGUGUCUUGCUAGUCAUGCCAUUCUCAUGGUUUUAGGAGCACGCCUUUGAAUCUAGCCAAAAGUACAAAGAAGGCAAGUUUAUCAUCGAGUUGGCACAUAUGAUAAAAGAAAAUGGUUGGGAGUAGCAGACUUAAAAAGUUUAUUCCAAACCAAAGCAAAAGUGAAAGAGUUGUAUAUAAAGAACUUUUUGGCAUUACAUAUAAAAAGCCAAGUUUUGAUAAAGGUCUGGUGUCAAGCCGAUGUUUGUAUUCAGUUCCAAGAUGAAGGCAUGGUGAAAUAUUAUAUAUCAUAUAAAAGGUGAGCAUUUAUAAAUUUAAGUUAUUCCAUGAUGUAUUAUACACAUUUAUUGGGACUUUGAAACCCUGAUUGAACCCAAAGGCCCCAAAAAACAAAUCUGCAACCUGAAUGUAAAUAAAUCUAUGAAAUUUUUAUCAUUUUUCUAGGCCAAGCCUGUUAUGUGGAUAGUAUUUUUUGCUAAUCAGUUUAAAGGGACCAUAAAGAUAUACAAAUUUUCCAUUAAAAGCCAUAAUUUACAUCUUUUCAACUUCAAAUUUUAUCUUGAUUUUGAAAAUAUCCGAUCAAUCAAGAAAAUUAAAAAUGUCCCACAUUACAUACCCCCAAUAAAAUUUGGUUUAUAAGAAUGUUGAAAUUUGUGAUUCUCAAUUGCCUUAGGUUAUUAAAUUAUUGUAGAUAUUUGUAAACAUUGUAAAUUAUUUCACAUAGAAUGUAUUCCACAAUAUUGUGUUUAAAUUGUAGUUUGUAAUUUUAAUUUAUAAUUUUUUGUUACUUGUUGGUUGAAAUUUUGUGUAUAUAUUUAUAUUUUUCAGAAGGCAUUUAGUAAUGUUAUUGAAUGACUCAGAAGGUCUAGUCUACAAAGUUUAUAUUUGCCAUUGAGCAUAUUAUAUUUUUUAAAAAAACCAUGAAACCUUAAGCAAAGCAGUAAGGUCUCUAAAUCUGCUAUUCUCAAUUCGACUCACUGUUACAAUAACUUCCAACUCAUAGACCUAGGAAGCAUUUCAAAAGUGGAGGGGGCACAUUUAGUCAAACAGAGGCAUGGCCGUGAGCUGCAAAAGCUACUUUACCACUGUACAGGGAACUUCCCCCCGGUGCCCCAUGAUUCCUAUAUCUAGGUUUCAACCUAUAUGUCUUCUGUACUGCCACUUCCUGUUUUGUUGUUCUUGAUUUAAUAUUUAGUAAUUAGAUGCAUUCCAGCAUGUACCAUGAAACUGUAAAUGCCUUGUAACUUCUAGUUCUGUUUUCUGAACUGUAGCUGUUUUGGAUGGUGCAGCUUUUACAGAAGAUGAAACCCUUUGUUUUAAAUUAUAUCAUUCUAAACAAGGCUAAUAAUAACUUUCAUAUGUUGUGCUGGAAUAGUUAAUGUUGGGAUGUGCUGGUUCGCAUGCCCAGCUAAAACUUCAAUCCAGCUAGUAAGGAAAUCAAAAACAGUGAAUUCCUAUCUAUCAAUUGAGAUUUCAAAUAUCAAUUUAUACUCUCGACAUUCUGCCCUUCAAACAAGCUCAUAGUAAGUAUUUGCCUUAAAUAGAUAUUUCAUAUCAGAUUAGUCGAAUCUACUUUUAAUCUGGCAGCGGCAAAUUAAGUUUGGGUUAAGUAGACAAGAAAUGGAAUCCUACAACAUCGGCCUUAACCCAGCUGAUGUUUGCUUUAGGUUAGGUUUAGGACUCCUUAUCGAGAAUCAACGUGAUUAAUCAUUGAUUGAUCAUUGAGAAUGACUCCCCGCCUAGAUCAGACAUGAUUGUUCAAUAAAUCUCGGCAUUUCAUGGCCAGCAUUUGUGUUUUGUGUGGAUAUCCUGGAAGCAUGGUAAUCCAAAAAUGCACAGAAGAAUUACCGUAGAUUAAACUGUGGAUGAUGUUAUUAAUAAUUAAGGCGUCCGAGAAAAGUCCAUAUCAGCCUCUAGUGUUCUUCUUGAACGUCGCAACCCGAGAGCUUGAAUCCUGAAUUCGAAAAUUUGCUUACAAAGAAAAUCUGGUGGCAUUCGUUUUAAGAAACCUGUUACCGCAGGUAAAUUAACAGUGCGCUAUCAGAUAUUCAAAUUCAAUAUUUCAUUUAUUUGUCAAAAGAGCGACAGAAAAAGUUAAUUAUUUUUGAAGAAAAUACUUUAAAAGAUUCCAUCUUUCGCCAUCAUUGGCAACUGGGACAGAUACGAUUGCACAUUGGAGAGAGAGAGUGAGAGGUUUCCAGGGACAUGGAACGAACUAAGGGGAAUUCAGAUACCUUUUAAGAAAGGUUGAAUAUAGCAUGAAUGUUGAGAAGGAACUUUUCCCUUGAGAUAAGGGGGUUGAGUCAGACACCCCGGGUCUGACUUUCCUUUAUAGGUUGACGAUUCAAUCAAUGGCUAACCUUGAAUCUGAUUCCAGAUUGUGCCUAACCUCCGAGGCUUCUUACCUCUUUUGGUUUUCAAUUUUAAGAAAUUUUUGAUAAACUCUUGGAGAAUUUCGCCUUCAUACGGGCUGCACCAUCCAUGAACGGAUUCGUGUUUGUAAAUAGCGUCUUCACUUCUAUGUGCUACGACUCGAAACUUCGCUCAGAACUGGCGAAAUUUCGAUUCGAGCCUUUCGCUAUUCGUUUUCAAUACCGUUGUUUGUAGAUAUUGGGGUAGUUAAUUUAAAUUCUAGAGAGUCGUCCUAUGCAACUGUAAUUGGCGAUCGUUGUUGAUGAAAAAACACUUCAUGUUUA